AGUCAGUCUUUCUCCAACUGUCGACGGAGGUGCUACGCGCUGCCGCCCUCCGAAGCCGCGUCCGUAAUAUCGUAUUCUCAGUGCAUCGACUUGUUUAUAUAGGGAUGUUUAUUCCCAGAUAGUGCGCCCUACAAACCCAGCGUGGAAUACUGUGUUGUGACUCAGUGAAUGUCCAGACGCAAUUUCGCUCAUUUUUUUGUGAAAGUGCCGGUCGGUUUGAUGAUCGACUGAAAUACUAAAAUAAUUUGAUUCUUUAAGGAAACAGACUCAACAUACCCAUUCCAAUAAGAUCUGUGACAUGUGUCAAUUUUAUUCGAGCUUCUCCAGUGUGUACUGACAAAUUUGUGGAAAUUAUGCAGUGUUGUAUUAUGUGAUAAGGACGUAAUUCAGCAGUCAUCGUUGUAAAGAUAACAUUAAAGAAGACUGCGUAUGGCCGAAAGAUACAACAGAAGUCCUACGGAAGCGUCGCCGUACGCUUUUUGGACAUUGAAAAAUGUUUGGUUCAACAAAUCAAGCUCACACAAUCGUAAUUCUGGCAAUGUUUUAAAAGACACGCAUAACGUUUCUGUAACACACAAUGUUUAUAACACAGAAACGAAAUUAUCUAAUAAUGAUUAUGAUAAAACAGAUGUUAUAGCGAAAGAAUUCGAUUCAGUAGAAGCAGUUAAUAGCGAUGAAGAUGAAGAAAUCAGGAAAAACGUGUGGAGUGACGUCGACGAUGAAGAAUACAUAGCAGAUUUGAUAAAAUUACGGACUACAAAUGAAGUGAGACGUGAUAAACGUGAUACUAGUGAUAUCAGUGGUAGGGUUGUGAGUAGUGAUAAGGUAGAUUAUAACGACAUGUGGGAGAUAGAACCCACGGACUUGGAGUGUGACUGUUUGGGGCCUCCUCCUGAGUUCCUGUUGCCACCACCACCGCGGCCGCCGUUCCUGCAAUCGGAGUACUAUUGCGGCGACGAUCCUAUACCUGAUUUGGAGACGUGUGACACAGAACCAAAGAUAGACGCGUACAACCACAGCGGGCCGUCGCUGCAGACGUCAGCUGUGAUCGCUCUCUGCUCCAUCGUGCUUGUGCUCGGUGUCCUUAUUGGCGCAAUCCUUGUUUGGAAACACAAGCGGAAAGUCACGAACCUGCUGCCUUCCAAGUCAUCAGCUCCGAACCAAACCGGCUCCCAGCGCAGGGCGCCCCCUCCCGCGCCCCUCUACGAAGAUCUCCAAGACCUCCCGAGAAGACCACCUUUGCCCCACAGGCCCGAAUUGGAGCCACAACUGGAGAUGGUAGAAACAAAGAGACCCAACUGCCCUGGAAGAGUGUUCGUCUGCGGCUCUGGUGGUACCUGGAGGGGAGGCAACUCCUGCGGUGGCGACACGUGUGGAGCGCCACUAUACGAAGAGCUGCCCCACAGAUCCGACGACUCCCUCCACAGCGACGACCACUUCGCCGAAGACGAACUGAGUUUAGUCGGAGAGGCAGCGCCCUGUAGGACAUGCUCGAGGCCACCCGCCCCUCAAUCCUUACCUCACAGACCACGGCAGCAACGCAUGGAUCGACGACCUAAGUCUUUAGAAAGACGAAGAGCUCAGCAUAGAAUGCCGAGACAUAUCCAUCCACCUGAUCCUUCGGAGUUCCACGAAGGAGUGUUAUUAGAUGCGUUAUUGAGAUUAUAUCCCCAAGUCGGGACAGUUGGGGCCAGACCAGUGCCGAUGCCUGUUGGGGCUGGAGGCGCGUGGCCCGGUGGAGAAUUACCCGGCAUCGGGUGCUGGAGAGGACCAAGAGCAUCUCCGAAACCUCCCAGUGGAGAUUCGUCCUUCGGAUCAGAUUCUGGUUAUAGCAAUAAUACUUGUGGUACUUGUGGUACAAGGGCUUCAUCGAGACAUCGAUUGUCAGCGGAAAUUCCUAUGUCAUGAACAAGCGAGUGUGUCCAUGGAUUCUAGUGAUAUGGUCGUGUGCCAUAAGUGUUUGAUAGACAAUUCGAAACAGGAAUAUUCGCAUUUAGUAGUUUAUUUUCCAGGCCUAAUUUGAUUGUAAUCAUUGCGGCCUGAUCUACGCCUUCUUUUGUAGACAGUGGGUUAAAACAUAGUACUGCCUAAUAAAGGACAGAUAAUCAGAUAAUUUAUUAAGUAGGACUUUUUCUACGGACACUGUACAAAAUCUAUCAAAGUAGAAAAUUUGAUCCUAUUAAUAUUAGUCGUCUUGGAUGGCGUUUUGUAUCGUUUUUUUUUUUCCAUUAGCGAAAUUAUUUUGUAUAAACUCAUGUGACCAUAAUUUAGUUAGUAAUAGCAGUUUCAGCGUAGUAAAUUAAUUCAAACUAGUCCUAAAAUUAUCACAUUAUAACGAAUUAUUGAAAUGUAAAGAAGAAACGCGUCGUUGUGCGUUCGCGAAAAAAGAUUCUGUACAUUAAUUUACAAUAAAUUUUUCAAUUUGUAGAUAUUGUAUAAAGUAUGUAGUUAAAAUAAUUACGCAUUAAGACGCAGUGAGUUGGAUUUUAUAAUCAUAUCAAACUAUCCCGUAAUUAAUUUAAAAUAUUGAAUCACGAUCACCAUUCUAUACUAUUUAUUUCACUGGUGCUAAGUAAAUAUGUAUUUGUUAUGAAGAAAAGGACUAUAACGAGCAGACUUAAAAAUAUAUCUCUACUCCCACAAUAAUUUAAUAUGUAGGUACAGUCCAUUGCACAUUAACUUAGUCAAAAUCAUUGCAAAUUUGCCCUUAUUGCCGUUGUUAUAUUUACAUACAUACGGCUCCUUAACACGCUGAUGACUAUACAUAAUAUAUUCAGAAAGUAAUCUUGAACUCUCAUUAUAUAAAUAUUAUUUCUGGUCUUUAAAAGGUAUUUUUUUGUAUCUUCUAUUUUCAGUAUUGACAUUAAGAACGAGAGAAAAAAAGGAUAGCUUCUUUAAAUUCUAAUUAAUUUUAAUCACAGAAUAACUUUUUUUAAUAAUAAGAAGAAAUUGUCAUUGUUUCAAUGCGAAAGGGCGUUAAUUAUUUGCACAAGCAACAGAGAAAAUGCGAUUCGGGUCACUGAACUUUUUUACGCAUAGCUUGGAAUCAGACUACCAUUUGAAAAUAGCGAAGUAUGUGCAGUUUUAUGAUAAAAAGUAAUGGCUCUGUCUUAAUUCCAGUUAUAUUCUUAUAUAUAUAUAUAUAUAUAUAUAUAUAUAUAUAUAUAUAUAUAUAUAUAUAUAUAUAUUUAAUUGCAAUGGCAGUACAUAAAUCAAAUAUAAAUAAUCCUGUCUCUUAAUUUUAAUAUCAGCAUCACAGUGAGUAUUGUAAAAAACAGCCCUGUACAGCGGUAACACGUUGCCAAAAAUUAUAUACUCAUGAAUAUUUUGUUAAGGUCAGAAUUGAAAAGUAUUUUGUAAAAAAACUGUUACUUUUGUUCCCCGUUUCACAAAAAAAAAACUCAACUUAUUUUAAUUUUUCAAUUUUUAAUAUCAUACCACAUAAUAAGCAUAGGCUUUAUUUGAGUCACCCACCUUAGUACCUUUUAAAAUAUCUUUAUUAAAUAGUGACCUUAACAAAAUCCAUUAACGACAUUGUUUUAAUCGCCAUCUUUAUUUAUGUAUGUAAGAUUUAAUAAUUUGUAUUCGGAUUUUUAUUUGGUUAUCAAAAGUUGUUUUUGUUUUUUUUUUUUUUGUUUUUGUGUAAUUUAAGUGAUAUUUAUUUUUUUAGUAUGGUUUAAUUUUGUAAAAAUGCAAAAAUUGCAAUGCUAUUGUAAAAAUUAUCAGUUGUCCAAUUUAUAAAUUUGAAAGAGCACAAUAAAAUGAAAAAAAUAAAUAAAUUUUUAAGAAAU